AAUACAUUACAUUGGUAUAGAAAACAAUAAUGUCAUUGUUUUUCAAUAAAUGUUAACGCACUCAUUUUAGUGACUUCAGGAUUUCUACUGAAUCAGACCUCUUUCAAUUUCGGCCUUUCACUGGAGGAAUGGCAAAAAGCGUCUAAAUUUGGUCGUAUUUUGAAAAUCCCAUCCGGAGGUUACACUGGUACUUGUACUGUGUAGCUUGACGCCGGUGAACGUUCGCUCUUCAUUCAUUUCACUCGCAUCCCAGAAGCGAGCCCUCCCCUCCUGUUUCUCUCCGCUUGGAAAGAUGGCUCCUCCGGCAGUGGCGAGGAGCUCUGGCCCGGCGCUAUGCCCGAGCUUCGCGGAGGCCUGUUCGUUCCUGGACCGAUAUGGAGCGGCGCUAGAUCUGCCCGAGAUGACUUUCCCUCAGAUGGAGAGAUAUCUGCGGGAAACGACAUCAGUCCCCAAACCUCUCGUGGAGCUCCAUGUGAAACUGCUCAGAAAAUUGGGAAGAUCUGUGACAACAGAUCGCUGGGAAAAAUACCUGGCUAAGGUUUGCCAGGAGUUGAACAGUACCUGGGCAUGGGAGCUAGAACAGAAGGGUUACCAAGAGAUGUCCAUGGAGUGCAAGUCAAGCAUCCUCAAAUACCUCUGCGAGUGUCAGUUUGAUGACAACCUCAAGUUUAAGAUGGCCAUCAAUGAAGAGGACCCGGACAAGAUGCGUCUGCAGCCUAUAGGUCGGGACCAGCAGGGCCUGAUGUACUGGCUUCAGCUGGACCAGGAGAAGAACAUCCGGCUGUACACAGAGGAGCAGGACGAUCUGGACGGAUCCACAUGGAAAUGCAUUGUUAGGACUCGUAAUGACCUGGCUGAGGCUCUGGACCUGUUGAAGGCUCAGAUUGAUCCAAACCACAGUCAGGAGAGGGACCAGAACCAGGCUGAAUCCACAGAGAAUGCAGGAGAUGAAGCCACAGGAGGUAGCAACCCUGACCCUUCCAAAGCUGCAGAAGAACACACCGAACCCAAAACAGUUGACCAAGUAAAGGAGGAGAAGCCCCUAAAACAAGUUAUAGAUCAGGAGCAGCUGCAGCCAAUCAAGCAGGAAAACACUGAGGCUGAAGUGAAAGAAGAGAGGGUAGACCACAAACCACCUGUGUUCGAUAACCGUGUGAGCACGAUCACGACCAUCGUCAAAGCAGAAUCCAGGGACGCUGACACCCCCAAAAAUGCUGUGUCGGUUGUUAUGUCACCGGGUGCAUCAGUGGUGAAACCGGAAUCGAACAAGGAAGAUGAAGCAGGGCGGGCAGUUGUCAGGAGCAGCCACCAGGCCAAGAUACCACUGAAGAAGAGGGAGCUGAAGCUCGCAGAAAGCUACCAGAGUAACCAUGUGAAUAACAACAGCAGCAGCAGCAGUAUUAUUGUGUGCAACCCCUCAGUGAUCCAGAGCAAGGACGGUCAUGGAAGGGAAGGGAACUUAUCUAACUCAUUAGCUCCACCUAGUGUUCCAUUGGUGUGCCCGCAGGAGCAGCAGCAGCAGCAGCAGCAGCAGCAGCAGCAGCAUCAGCAGCAUCUAAUGGCUGCUGCCUCCAGGCAAGAACUGACCAAUGGAAGACCGUCCGUCCUUCUGCCUCACAAAGAGGGACACAACGGAGUCAUUGGGGUCAUUGGUCAAGUCGGUGUAAUAGGUCAUGUAGGUGUCAUCCGCAGCCCAUCUGAACGACACAGAGCCGCCGGUGCCGAACAGCAGGAGCCAAAUGGGCCAGGUUCAGACCUGUGGGGCUCCAGAGCAGUGGAAGGAGAUAGGGAGGUGAGCAGGCAGUCAGUGCUGGUGAGGAAGGGACCUAUGGAACAGGAUUCUGCUGCUGCUCUUGCUCCUCACAAGGCGAUGGAGGCUCAAACCGUUCGAAAGCUGCCGACAUUGACACUCUCGAAAUGUGAUUCAACCCUUGAGGCUGCAGUGAGAAAAGUUGAAUCUGAUAGUGUAUCUUCACAGUCUACAGAGGAGCCCAAGAGACAGCCAGCAGAAGACCUUGGUAAGGACACAACAGAGGGACACUUGGACAGGGGGAGGAAAACUGGAUUCAGUCAUCAAGAGAAAGAUGACAACAGUGAUGGGAGGGAGGGGAGGACAAGAAAAGUAUCUGUUGCAGAGGAAGGAAAUAAUGAUGACCAUGAAAAGAACAAAAGCACCUUAGUGAAGAUGGAGGUUGAGUCAGUAGGCACAGUUCCACCUCUAAAAGUGGACCAGAGAGAUGAAAAAGGCCACACAGACCACCAGGGAGAUGGGGUCAACGGUGAGCUUGAAGCCCAGGUCAGGGUGAAGGACAAUGGUGUUGGAUCAGCGGUUAGGCAGGGUCUCCUGGAGGAAGCCUCCUCUGAGCUUCAGAAAGAAGGAAUCAGGCUGAAGAUAAAGAUUCCUCCUCACAGGAGAAACAAAUUAAAAGGAAAAGGGGGGAAAGACGAGGAGAAAGAGGGGGAGCAGGACGGGCAAGAUGAUGGCAGGCCUCUGAGGAGAUCUGCCCGGAUUUGCAGAUCAUCUGCUUUGCCAAACUGCAGGCCGAGCUCAAAGGCAGCAGAGAGCCAGAGAAAGAAACCUAAAAAAAAACAGGCACUGGCUUCCAGAACAAGGGAAGAAGAGCAAGAAGAGGAUGAAGAAGAGGAAGAAGAGGAGCAGAGCUCUGCCAUAAAGAAUAGCAGAAAAGCAGAACUGGUCAUGCAAAGCAGGAAACGAAGGGGGAAACGGAGGCAUCGGCGCCCCCGGUGGUCCAACAUUCGCUCAAAGAGGCGAAAACUGAACGAGGGAGAAGAGGUGGAUGACAGAAGGAAGAAACGAGGAGAGGAGGAGAGCGAGGGAGGGAGCGACUCAGAAGAAUCCUGUAAAUCAGAGGAAAUCCCCAGUGAAGAUGCCUGCACUCACUGUGGCCUGCCCAACCACCCUGAACUGAUUCUGUUGUGUGACUCCUGUGACAGUGGGUACCACACUGCCUGUCUGCGGCCACCGCUCAUGUUGAUUCCCGCCGGAGAGUGGUUCUGUCCACCUUGUCAACAUAAGAUGUUGUGUGAGAAACUGGAGGAGCAGCUACAAAAUCUGGACAGUGCUUUGAAGAAAAGGGAGAGAGCCGAGAGGAGGCGGGAGCGGCUGGUGUAUGUGGGAAUCAGUGUGGAGAACAUCAUUCCUGGAGAUGAGGAGGACGACGAGGAGGAAGAGGAGGAGAGGUCUCCGAAGAAGAAAGUUUCCGAAAAGAGCAAAAAUCUCGGAAGGAGAUCGACAAGAACCAGAAAACAUAUCAGCUACAGGUUUGAUGACUUUGAUGACGCCAUCGAUGAAGCUAUAGAAGAAGACAUCAGAGACCUCUGUGGUGGAACAGGGCCGGGCAAAGAAAUCAGUACCAUACCCGCAGAGGAUGGGAAAGAAAGCCAGCGGCCAAUCAGAAGCCAGGCACAUUUUGUGCGCAGCAGAAAGAAGCGGAGGCUGAACGACCUGGAAAGUGACAGCACGGCAGCAGAGAGCGAAGACGAGUUCAUGCUCAGCAACAGCUCAGAGGAUGAAGAUUUCGGCGCGUCUGGGGGAGAUGAUUAUGAGGAAGAAGAAGAUGGUGGCAGCGACGUGGGCAGCUUGGAGAGUGGGAUACCCCACAAACGGGCGCUGAAAAGGGCACCCAAACACAGAGUCAGCAAGACCCAACACAGGGGCAGGAAACGACCCAGGCGGCGGCGGAGACGCUCCUCCGAGGAAGAGGAGGAAGAAAGUGAGGAAGAGAUGGACUCUGACCAGUUCAGCGACAUGACUGACAGUGACGCUGACAAAAAGAGACGAGGCCUGAGGCGCGGCCAGCGGCAGCAGGUCAACUACCGCGAGACAUCCGAGUCCUCGGACAACUCCCGGCCAUCCGCCUCCAAGAACAAGGUCAGGCCGAGAGGGAGGCCGCGCAAGGAGCGUCUUUCCAGCGACUACAGCGAUGUGACUCCAGUCUCUUCCAGAGACUCUGAUGAGGAAGAGGAGGACUACGAAGACGAGGAGGAUGACCAGAAAAGGAGAAGGAUCAGGAGGAGAAGAGAGGAGAAAGACCUGCAGAGGAGGAGGAUGAAAGACAAAUGGAGGAGAGGCAAAGACGACAAAGACGAGGACAACAGAGAGAGACGGAGGCGGCUGAAAGAGAAAGAGUUGAAGGAGGUGGAAAAAGACAAGCGGAGGAGAUUAAAGAGGACGGACAGAAAAGAGGAGGACCUGGAGAAGAUGGGCAGAGGAAGGAGGAGGGAGAUCCUGUCACAACAGCGGCGCAAACGGCUCGCACAAAUGCUGAAGAAACAGCGGCCUUCCACAGAUGACGACGACGAGUCAGAAGAUUCAGAGUCGUCAUCAGAAGAAGAUCGUCCAAUUCGCAAAAGACUCAACCGCAUUGACUCAGAUGAUGAUGACGAGGAGGAUGAGGAAGAAGAGGGGAGGCAGAAGAGGAAGUCUUCAGCUUCAGAGAGGAGGGUGGAUGGCGACACUCAGGAAAAGGGAAGGGGCCACAGCAUGUCGCCAUCAAACUUACAUCAGACCUCCAGAGGGUUAGCCAAGCCUGGGGAUGGAAGUCCCACAACGACCAAGGAUGGUGCAGAAUUAGGCACGCAGGGCAAACACAAUGGCCCCUUCCAUCCAGAAGACUUAGAGGAGGAGGAUGAAGAGGGGGAUGAGGGGGAUGAGGAGGACGAUGACGAAGAGGGGGAGGAGGGCCAGACAGACUCAUUAAACUCUGUCCAGAACAGUCCACUGUCAUGAUGGCUGUGUUUGUGCGAAUAACACUUGUCUCUCUGUUUCAGUUUUUUUUUUUGUAACUGUCAGACCUUGUUACCCACAAACCACCUGUGAAAUCCGAACUCCUCCCCCCCCCCCCCCAACUCCUCACUGUUGUAUCGUGGUAGAGUGCCAUUCACUGUAACAUACGGUACCUCACAACAGAACUUUGUCAGUACCUUUCACACUCACCGUCACUUCUUGGACCAACAGCAGCUCGCAGCACUUUGUGUUUCAGUGGACACUCUAGCGCACCACCGCAGGUUGUCGUAACCAUUCCUCUGGACUCUGUGUCUUGGAUGUCUCUCUGGUGUGUCCAUGUGACGGAAUGGCCGUGGUUUGUGUGUGCGCGUGUGUGUGUGUGUGUGUGUGUGUGUGUGUGUGUGUGUAGUGUACCUCAUUCUAAAGCACUUCAUCAUUCUUAUGGCACUUAAUAACCUGCCGCCAAGGCGAGCACCAGUGUCAGACCAAACACCAUCAAGUCAGGAGAUGGAACGACAACAAAACCGCAAUUUAAUCUGGUUGCACAUUUGCACACGAGGAUGAUUUGGGUUUUAUUUGUCCCAAGACAAAGUCCAGUGAGCAACACCACCAAAAGAAAGAUGUAAAAAUCAAUGUUCUCUAACGUUGUCUUUGGAGAUCAACAUAAAAUCACAGUAAUAACAAUAAUCAGAACUCCGUGUCACAAACAAAGACUUAAAAAUGUAGACGCUGCAUUGGCCCUUGAAUCGCAUGUCGCCGCCAUGUUUGUUCAAAAAGAAAAACAGAUGGAGGAGGUGAAGACAUUUUAGCAGACCAACUUCACAUACACCACAGAACCUUAAAUGUACAAACAACCCGUUUUGAGACACUUUUUAUCCAGAAACAGUGACUCUUCCUUUGUUUUGCUGUUUUGAUUUUGUUCACAAACCAAUAUGGCGGCAACAUUGACGCGUGGCUACAGUAAACCAGAGCGGUCAAUGCAGUGUUUACGGUGCAGGAGCAGCGUAAACUCGCUCAGUUCGUGGUGUGUUCAAGUGCUCUCGUAAAGUAAGAUUUGUUUUAACAUGAUCAUCAAAAUGAUCAAUAUUUUAAAACGCCAAUAAGCCUCUUUUUUUUUUUAACUUUUCCGUGCUAAGAGUUUUUCUUUCUCUUUUUCUAACUAAGCAGUGAAAGAAUCACCUGAACGCGAGUACAUGAUAGAAAUUAGACGACGGUCAUGUGAUCACUUUGUAAGCAAAACCUGAAAAAUGAAAAUCCCACUUCCACAGACUGGGGUGAAUGAGCAGUAAAACAGACAGUGGAACCAUUUUGGAUCGGUCCUGGAUCGGCUUCGUUCCCUCCUCGGCGUGUUUGCUUUCACACUGGUCGCUCAUUUGUUCCACAAGCCUUGGUUUCGGUUGGAACAUGUUUGCUGUACAUACUUUGCCUGUUUCACUGUAAGAUAAUAGAUGUUCUGUUCUUAGUCCUCUUGUAAAAUAUAGUGUUAUAUUUUCUAUAUGAAGGAGAGGAGUUGAGAUGCUGCUGUGGGUGGAUGGUGGGUGGACGGACGCGUGCAGACCAGUGGGGUCUGUGUGGUUUAGUGUGAAAUGAGACCAGCACGGAGCUGAUUCACUGCUUGAACCAUCAUCAAAUUGUUACAAAGAGCCGGAUGCUGCUCACUUUGAGCCGAGCGCCGCACAUGUCCCGAGGUUUUUAACUGUUUCAUAGCCCUGAAUUUUACCCCCCAGGUGUUUUUAAACGGAGGAACAAAGCUUUAUUUUUCUGACUGAGGCUCAGGGGAGGAAGACGAACGACUGUCAGCAAAACAAACAACCUUUAACCUUCUUGUUUACUCCACCAUUCAUCAAACACCUGUACUGAAACUCUCACUGGUUCACUGCGAGGACCGAGGCUGGAAGAAUCCAUCCAUUCCGAUUACAGUUUUAGGCUCUGACAGUUUUUUUUUCCCUGCCUGUUUUUUGGUCUGCAGGAUCUUUCAAUCUUUAAAGUGCGUGUAAAGCAAAUGCAGAGUUUCUCCUCUACACACAUUAAAAUAUGUUACAAAAUAGUGGCUGAGAACAUGUGAAAAAUGUACAACUGUGGAGUAAACACUGAAAACAGUUUCUCUCCAGUCUUCUGUUCAGAUAUGUUCAAAUAUGUCACUGGAGCCAGAGUGAAUAUAACUCAUCUUCAGAUGCUGUAACGAUAUAAAAACACUUGGCAGUGAAUUAUUCACUCGUGAUUAACUGCACAUGCUCUACAUGACUGCCUUCGGUUUACCAGCUGAGAUGUGUAUGUCUUCCCUCCAUGAAAAAAAACACACAGAAAAGCUCUGCCACUUCAUUUAAAAUGCAUAAAAGAUGAGGAAGUAGGAGUAGUGGAUCUCAGAGCAGAGAAUUGCAGCUGAAUUUGACACAAUUUGAAAACCUCGAUUUUAGUCAGAUGAGAUGUUUUUCCAUUUCUUCACACGGUCUCUAACUAGGAGACCGUGAGACUGACACGUCAGAGCUGACAAUAACAAUUAAAUAAAAUCCCCUGGAUGUUCGUGUGACAGCAGAUGAAAAAAACCCAAUGUGAUUCAUUGUCGUGUGUAAACAUGAAUCUGCUCUCUGAAACUUUUUCAUUCCACUUUAAAUAGCAAAUACGUUCACUAACAAGGAGAAGAGGUUACACUUGAUGGUCCAGUGUUUCAAGAUUUAGGCAAAAUUGUAUUUUGUAAAAAAAGAAAAUUUGGGGAAAAAAAGUCUGUUUAAUCUAGAUUUAACUGAUACUUUAAGUCGAGACUUUCAGCAGUUUGAUGAACACCAUCGGAUUGAAGCUUCAUGCUUUAACGUUUCCAAACUGAUCUCAGUUACCCGAAAAUUAUUUUAUUUAUGUUUUAUAUUUUGCUUCAUCCAAGUUAGACACGUAAAACUUCACCCAAACAGAUUUUAAUCUGCAGUUUCAGAGAAAGCAUCAAAUAUUCUGUUUCACCACAAAACAGGAAACUAACAAAGUCAAAAAAGUCCCAAAGCCAUCGAGUUAAAAUGUCAUUUUAGAACCGUGUCUAAUCUCAGCUCUGUUCAACCGCUUACAAGUCAAAUUUGAAGAUGAGAUGGAUGGAGGAUUAUUAUCUUCGCUCCUGUGUUUAAAUGUUGAUUUUUUUAAUUAAUUUUUUUAAAUCGAAAUAAAACAGGUCAUAUUCUGUGUUACAUUGAGCAAACCAAUAACUCAGUGUUAUUCAGAUUUACAGAUUAUUUUUUUUUUUUUGUGAAAACUCCCUGCAUUCAGAUGUCAGAGUUUGUGAGUCACAUUCAUCACCAGGUGAAUUUCCAAAUGUUCUUUCAGGUACUUUCCUCUGAGCCCAUGACAAAAUACAAAAGACUUCAAUGCUGACAUUUACUGAUCAUCACAGCAGUGACCUCAGAACAUUAUGAACUCCACUCUCAAAGCUGGUAAAAAAAAAAAAAAAUUAAGAUUUUAGUCCCAAACCAGUAUUUUCUUAUGAGUUUUUUGGGUUGUUUUUUUAUCAUGGUGGAAACUAUGUGCAUCAUUUGUUCAGUAAAAUAAUCUGGAUUAAUUGAGAACAGGCACCAAGUGAACACGACUGCAGCUCCUUCCAUGUCUUUGUUGUACUCAAACUGUAGUAUCGCUGUAACAUAAAUGUUUUUUUAAAUUAUUAAAACCAGCAUCGCAGGCAUCUCCUCAAACACA